AUGGCAACAAACGAAGCUUCUCGGUUGUCACCUGAGGAUAUGGUGAUUUUUUACAAACGUAAGGCGCAAUCAAUUUAUGCACAAGCGCAAUCGAUUGAACGGGCAAUCGAAGGUGAAAAAAUUAAUCCAUUCACCGAAGUAGAUUUAAAGGUACGGUUGGAGUGCCUCGAACAUAUUUCCAGCACGUUUAACUUGGCUCAUGACAGCUUAGAGGAGCUCAAUUUUGACGAAAUCGGCGGAGCACUGCGUUCAAAUUUUGAAGAGCUACUCCUUUUACUUCGGUGUCGUAUACGGCGUGAAAUUCAUAAACGUCAAUCUCAAAUGCCAUCCUGCUCAACCAUGCGGCACGAUCCGGUUUUGGAAGGGCAAACAGUUGUUUUGCAAAGUCGACCACGUUUGCCUGAGCUCAGACUGCCUAUAUUCAGUGGAGGAUAUACGGAAUACACAGAUUUCUUUUCCUUGUUUUCAACCGUUAUAGACAAGGAUCCGGACCUCACGGAUGUCGAGAAGUUGCAGCACCUACGUUCAUAUCUGAAGGGUCCAGCUCUGGAUGCAAUUCGUUCGUUGGAGAUGAGUGGCAACAACUACUCUGUGGCUCUAGAUUUGCUUAACAAAAGAUUUAACAAUAAGCGUCUUAUUUUUCAGGCACACAUCACUGAGAUUAUGGGCAUCAAAAAGGUGGACACUUCUUCAGCGGUGAAGCUUCGUGAAUUAUCCGACAAGGUAAAUGCAAACCUGCGCGCUCUACGCACCAUGGGGAAUUCGGAGCAAAUAGCGGGGUGUAUAAUCGUACACACUCUUCUGCAAAAAGUCGACAGUAUCACGCAGGCAAAUUGGGAGGAAGCUGCGCCGUUAGAUCUCAUACCCUCAUGGGAGCAGUUUACAAAUUUCCUGGAGAAGCGUUGUCAAAGGCUGGAGAAUGUAGAACAUUCCAUGGCAGCGUAUACUCGUGGCUCACAGGUGGGAAAAAAUAGUAGAACUAUUAACCAUGGUAGAAAAUCAUUUAUUGCUACUAACAAUACAAACAAUUCAACCAAUGGCUGUGUUUUUUGCGAGACAGACCAUGCUGUAUAUUCAUGCACCCGUUUUUUAAAUUUAUCUCCACAACUCCGUCUUAAGGAGGUCAAAAGGCUUGCUUUGUGUUUAAACUGCCUCAGAAAAGGCCAUCAGCUUCGAACGUGCAAUGCUGGUCUAUGUCGUACGUGUGGAUCCAAGCACCACAGUCUGCUACAUAUCGACUCCUCUUCUUCACCAAUGUCGUCACAAGGUCCUGCAUCUUCAGUGCAAGCAUCCUCCCAAUUAGCACCUCCAAACACCUCUAAGCUUGUUUCAACUUCAGUCGCACACCACACCUUGGCUGCAAUCUCACAAACAAAGUCAAUUGUCACAUCUGCUCAGAAUCUCAGUCCUGAUGUUGUGCUUCUAGCCACUGCUGUCAUCAAUGUUAAGAACAGCGCAGGUACAUGGGUGCCAUGUCGUGCACUGCUCGACUCAGGGUCGCAGUUGCAUAUUAUAACGUCUCGUCUUGCUCAUCAACUGCAGUUGCGAAAAACCAAGUCAUCCACCUACGUAUCGGGUCUUGGUAAUGCAAACUUCGCCUCUGAUGGUUUGACUGUCAAUAUUACUAUUCAGUCUCAAAACUCGGAGUACUCUACCUGCAUUACAGCGUUGGUUGCUCCUAACAUAACGGACAAUCAACCCUCUUUUACUUUGGAUAUUUCUCAUUGGAAAAUACCGUCGAACAUUUGUUUAGCAGAUCGAGGAUUUUUCAAGUCGCAACGAAUAGACAUGCUUAUUGGAGCCAGCCUCUUCUAUGAUCUCUUAUGCAUUGGACAAAUAAAGUUAGCUCACGGUCUACCGUGCCUACAGAAAACUAGGUUAGGAUGGGUUGUAACAGGUGGUGAAUCGCAGCGGCAAAGGGGAGCGAUAUUGGCCGCACAGUCAUCACUUGACAUAGGUUACGAAUCCAAUGUUCAAAUCGAUCAACUAGUACGUAGAUUUUGGGAGGUUGAAAGUUGCUGUGAAUCUGUCGCCACAUACUCCAAGGAAGAGCUUGACUGCGAGGCGCAUUUUAAGGCCAAUUAUUUGCGUUUGUCUACAGGGAACUAUUCGGUCCGGCUACCAGCAAAAGUUAAUAUUGAUCUCUUGGGCGACUCUUAUCAACAAGCGUUUCGUCGUUUUCUUAAUCUAGAGCGAAAAUUGGACCGCCACCCACAGCGGAAGGCCCAAUAUGCAGCAUUCAUACGGGAGUAUUUGAAUCUAGGACAUAUGUCACUGGUUACUAAGAACAAUCUGCGGUAUUGCAAAUACUUUCUGCCGCAUCACUGUGUUUUGAAGGAAGAGAGCACAACUACAAAACUCCGCGUUGUAUUCGAUGGCUCUGCGGUUUCAUCUUCUGGAUACUCGUUGAACGACUUGCUUAUGACAGGACCCACCAUACAACCUAAGCUGUUCAACACAUUGCUUCGGUUUAGAACCUUUCCAAUCGCUUUGACGGGUGACAUAUGUAAGAUGUAUCGUUGUGUACGAGUCUCAGAGCCCGAUAGUUAUCUGCAGUGCAUCUUGUGGCGUGACUCCCCACAACAGCCGGUCAACGUCUUUAAACUUGACACAGUCACUUAUGGUACAAGACCAGCUUCAUUCCUCUCAAUUCGUUCGAUGCAUCAGGUAGCCAUUGAUGAACAAAUUGUCUACCCCAUAGGCUCAAAAAUAUUAAAGUGCGAUUUUUAUGUCGAUGAUCUUAUUACAGGCGGUGAGUCCAUUCAAGAAGUCAAGGAAAUUAUGAGUCAAACUACAAAGCUGCUGGAAAAAGGAGGAUUCCAGUUGAGAAAGUGGUGCUCCAGUAAUCCUGAAUUGUUGCAGACGAUACCACCUGAUGAUCGAGAAACACUACUUAAGUUCGACGAUGGAAGCGAUAUAACUAAAACACUCGGUUUAACUUGGGAUCCUGCAUCAGAUUGCCUAUUGUUCGCGUUCUCACCAAUGCAGCCUUCAUCAAAACAUUGCAAGCGGUCCAUUUUGUCAACUAUUGCUCGUUUUUAUGACCCACUCGGUCUCAUCGGCCCUAUUAUUUCGAAGGCUAAAAUCUUUCUUCAACAAAUCUGGAAAGAAAGGCUUGACUGGGAUGAAAGUUUGCCUUCAUCACUACAUUCAUCGUGGCUUAGUUUGUGUACAGAUUUUGGCCGCAUACCGCAAAUAAAGUUUCCCCGGUUGUCAAUACAGCAGAAUGGCGCCUAUGAAAUUCAUGAUUUUAGUGACGCCAGCAUCGAAGCAUACGGAGCUUGUCUUUACGUCGUGUCAGUCAGUCAAGGAAGAAACCAGGCGCAACUGCUAUGUUCAAAAUCUCGUGUAGCGCCCUUAAAAACUCUUACGGUUUCAAGGCUGGAGUUGUGCGGUGCCUCCCUGUUGGCGCAACUCAUGCAUGAAAUAGCUCAAAUGAAACUUUUCUCGUGUCGAUAUUAUUGUUGGUCUGAUUCGGCGGUGGUGUUAUCCUGGAUCCGCGACGAACCUUCAAGAUUUCAAAUCUUUACAGCUAAUCGCAUAGCCACUAUACAGGAGUUGACUGCGGGUAUGGAAUGGCGCUACGUGCCUACGAAGUUUAACCCAGCUGAUAUUUUAUCCAGAGGUGCAACCUCUAACGACCUCAUUAACUCAUCUCUAUGGUUGCAUGGACCGGAUUUUUUAGCUCAAGAUAAAAACAAUUGGCCAAACCCUUGCAGUCAAGUCAGUCAACUCCCAGAAAUGCGCAAAAGGGUGUUAUUUGCGACAUCUAACAUGUUUUUGGUUACAUAUAUAAGUUCCAAAAUCGCUUGCGGCUUUCUGGACUGA